AAGCAAAAAGAAUAUUAGGUUGGAGAGGCUGCAGUCGUUUCCGGUGAAGAUAACAGAGCAACAACAGGUCUUACUUUUCCUAGGAAUCCAGUCCAUACAUUCUAUUCUUCAAGAUUCGAUAGCAACAACAACCAAUACCCUGCCCAGAUUUUGCUCUGAGACUUAAAAAUUCUCAAAAAGUUUCUGGAAUUUGUUGCUGCUGCAAAAUGUUGGAAGAAUUUUCAUUGCUGUUGGGGAUAUUCUCUGUUUUGAGAGAGUCAAUCAUUUGUUAGGGAAAAUGAAGAAAAUCCAAUUUAUUGGAUUGCGGUAUUACUUCAAUUUGCUAGGAUUAUAGUUUGUAGCCUUUUCUUAUGAUGAAGAGUUAAAAGGAUUUUCAUUUGUAAGAGUGAGAAUGUUUUUGAAUUUGAAUCCAUGGAUAUUGUUGCAUUGGUGUUUUGGAUGUUUAGAGUGGAGAUACAGGUAAAUUUUUUUGUUGUAGAAAUGGCCUAGUGUUUCUGGCUUCUGUGGAAGGGAGAGUAAAAAUGGAUUUGUGGGUUGCAGUAGCAGCGGCUGCUGCUGGAUAUUUUGCAAAGUAUUGGCAGAAUCUUCCAAGGGACAAGGCCAGCUCUCUAGGCCUUUCUUCUGUUGAUUCAAGAUAUGAGAAGCCUGAAACCUCAAGCCGCCCCUUCCGCAGAUCAACGCAGAGAAGGAAACUCAGGGAAGAUGUUUCUCCGGAUAGACGAGAAGUUUCAGAUGGGAAAUUUUCACAUAUUUUUAAAGAUGAUGGUGCUUCAGCUGCAGAAGUGGGCUCUUCCAGAGGAUUUGACUGUGAAAAGAUAGAAGGCGUGGUAAAUUACAGCAAUUGCAAUGUGCUUUCUUUAUCAAGUUUACCACCUGAAUUGUUGACAAAUGAAAAUCUAGGAGGAGAUGACUCUGGAAAUGGACUUGGUGGUAACGUUAGUGAUGAUUCUGGGAAACCUUAUACCAGUCAAAUAGAUGUUGUUCGUGAUUCUGGGAGGAACCGGUGCCCUCUUAAGACCAAGCAUACAUAUAGGCAUUUUGUUAAACCUUUAAGUUCCUUGGAAAGUUGCCUUAUGGCUCAGUUAUACAACAACCAAGCUAAAAUGGAAGAGUAUGUGCUUAGUUCUCUUCCAUCACCAUCCUCGCCAAGUUUAAGGCCAUUGCUUGUAACUGAUGGAACCAAAUUAAUUAGCAGAGCAAACAGAGAUUCAUUCGGUGUGUUUGAUGGAACUGUGGAUAAUAAGCUGCACUUAGAAUCCAAGUUGGAGAAGAAUGAGUAUCUUUUUGGUGUGCCACUACUACCAAAAAUUGAGUAUUUGGAUUUGACGAAGAUGAAAGUUAAGAGAGAAAAGGGGGGGAAUGGAAGAUUGAGCAGUUCUUACAAAAUGGACAAAGUGGACAAUGAGAAACACUUCUUAAAAGGUUCACAUGAUGCAACAGUCAUGUUUUGUCUUGGGAUGUCUAUGGGUUUAAUAUUCUCCUGCAUAGCUCAUAGAAGAGAAGUGGACAAAUUGAGAGAGUUGUUGAAGCGGACAGAAAACUUGGUACAAGAUCUGCAAGAGGAGAUUGAAAUGAAAGAUUCAGUGACAUUCAAGGAGCUAGCUAAUGAGAACUAUGAAUCACAGGAGAGAGAAGACAAUCCCUUUUAUGACAGGACACCAAAUCCAUACUCCUCAGAACAGAAUAUGAAUAAUUCAACAACACAUGAUGGGAAAGAAUCAUGUCAUGGAAAGGUGGAUCAGAGUUUUGAAUCUAUGAGUAAAAUUGAAGCUGAGCUUGAAGCCGAACUUGAGAGGUUGGGAUUAAACAUGAAUGCACCUAGUUUUGAUAGACAAAUUUCUGAUCAUGUUGAGCUUGACCCAGAGUUUGAAGCAGAUUUUGCUCAAGGUGAAUUGAGAGUUGACUUGAUAAAUCAGCAGGCUCCUGUUGAAUCCGAGUCAGAUCAAGAUGAAGGGUGUGACUCUACAACACACUCUGGAAAUUAUGCAGUUUCACCUCGAGAGCUGAGCUUGCGUUUACACGAAGUUAUGCAAUCCAGGCUUGAAGAGCGUGUGCAAGAGCUUGAGACAGCGCUGCAAAACAGCCAGAGGAAGGUCAAACUCAUGGAAUCAGAAUAUCAAAAUUAUUGGAGGGAUUUCUCUAAUACUGAAUUUAGACACUUUUCCACUGAAAAAAGUCUGCCAGUUGAUGAAGAUUGCAACUCUAUGGCCCGGCCACUCGUUAUGAAUUUAUCAGGUGAAGCUCUAGAUGCUUACAAUGAGACCUAUGACGAGUUCAUGAAGAUAAACGAGUCCGAAGACGAGGAUUCACCAUCAAAGGAUUAUGCAAAUACCCAUUUAGGGGGAGAACAUUCAUCUGAGGGGAGCAUGUCGUGGGGACAAAACAGUGCUGCAAACCGUUCGCCACAUCCUAUGUACAAUAAACAAGAAGUAUCGAGUGAAAUCUUUGCAAGUCAGGUAACAACAUCAAGGUUCCAGGAAUUACUUGAUGUUGGUUUUAGCGAACAUGAGAGUAGUGAUUGUGAUGAUGAGAUAGAGAGGCGACUGAUAAAGCAGAUUGUGGAAAAGACCAAGAAAGGUUCCCCUGUAGUACAAAAUGCACAGCGAGUAUUGUUUUCUAUGGAUGAACUUGAGCAAUAAGAUACGGAAAAGUUAAAGAAUCCAAAUGAAAUUAUUUUUUUUCUUUUUCUAUUUUAAUAUCUGAUUUCUCGUUUUGUGUUUAAGCGUUUAUAUAUUUAGAGAGUUAGGAUUUAUAUAAAUUUUAAAAUUAUAU